AUGACUCAGUCAAAGGCCGGAGACGGAGCCAGCAACGGGCGAAAGCGCAAGUCUUCAGCUGCAGACAGCGAGGAGCUGAGGAAGAAGGAGGAAAAGAAACGGAGAAGACUGGCCCGCGAAGCAGAGGAGGCGCGAAAGAAGGAAGAGCUCAAGCGCAAGCAGGCACGCCUCGCUGCCUUGCGUGCGCGUUAUCCCAUGGACGACCGGGAGCUGCUGGCCGAGCUGCUGGAGCUGGGCGAGCUCACGGGACAGACCGUGAGCACAGAAUUCGUCCCGAUGGAGGCGUGGGCAGACUUCAUGAUGGUGUGGAGCUUUGUCGACACCUUCCAUGACCAAGCCACCCUCACCUACUUCAACUCGGCCGGUCGUGCCGAGGUUCCGCGCAUUCUUCUGGAAGACGCCGGCGUGGACUACGACUUCGUGGCCAUCACCAACUGGGCCGAGGUCAAGCCUGAGUACCAAGCCGCAGGGAAGGCGCCGUUUGGCCAGCUGCCCAUCUACGAGGAGCCCGGGCUGGUGCUGGCGCAGAGCUCGGCCAUCGCCCGACAUGUGGCGCGGGAGCACGGCUACUACGGUGAGACCGCACACGACGCUGCCCUCAUCGACCAGGCAUCGGAGGGCGUGGCCGACAUCGUGAGCCGCCUCAUACAGGCGUUGUUCCUUCCGCUGCCGGACGACAAGCGAGCCGAGGCCAAGGCCAGCCUGCUCAACGAGUUCCUUCCCGCGCAGUUCGAGAUCUACUCCAAGCUGCUCGAGAAGAACGGUAACAACGGCCACCUCGUCGGCUCCAAGCUGAGCGUGGCCGACGUGAGUUUGUGGGUGACCCUGGGCAUGGUGUUCUCGCGAGUGGAGGGCAGCAAGGACGCGGCAGCCAAGUACCCCAACCUCCAGGCCUUCCUCGAUGGCGUGGCGUCUCGCCAGCGAAUCAAGGCCUACCUGGCCCGCGAUGUCUACGCGGCCAAGAAGGAGUAA